AUGAUCGGUCGAUCGCCCGCGCCGAUCCCUCCAAACCUGCUCUCCCCCCAUCCCGUCCACUCAUCCCCCUCCCAAUCCCCUCUCUCCCUCCGCGAACAGCCCGACGGCUCCACGAAGAAAGUAUGCUACAUCGCCGCGCACACCGCGGUCAUCUUCGACUGCGUCUCGAAGACGCAGCUCGUGCUCCAGGGCCACUGCAACCCGAUCACGUGCUUGGUCGCCACCGCCGAUCGAUCUUACGUCGCCACCGCGGACGCGGGCCCGGACGCGAUGAUCGUCGUGUGGUGCGUCGCCACGGGCGAGCCCGCGCGAACGAUCCCGUCGCCGAGCCCUCACGGCAUCGGCGCGAUGGACAUCACGCCGUGCGGGAAGCACGUCGCGGCGGUGUCGGCGCCGCCGCCGGGAUUCGGCGUCUCCGAGGUGCGACGCGCGUACGACACGGAGACGGAGAGCGAGCACCCGGACGCGGCGGGCGCGAACAUCGCCGCGGAACAGGAGGUGUACGUGUAUGACUUGCCGGACUUGGGGCCCGCUGGCGGGGACGACGACGACGACGACGGCGCGGACGACCUCGAGCCGAGUCUGAUUGGCGUCGUCCCGGAGGGGGACCCGCAAGUCUGCGUGAAGUUUCACCCGACGACGACGAGGGAGCUCGCGACGAACGGCGCGAAGAGGGUGUUUUUCUGGCUCGCCGACGGCGGCGAACGCGACAGCGCGAAGGAGACGGACGACGGCGCCUCGAACGCGGGGUCGUCGCCCUCGGCGCGGUCCGGGGAGGCGUCCUUCGCGGGGAACGACGCGCGAGUCAUGCGGUAUUACAGCCCGCCGGUGAGCGCGAGGGAUUUUAAGCAAACCGUCGGCGGGUUCACCGUCGCGGCGUUCAUCCCGCCGCAGAUUGGAGACAUCUCGUACAAAGAGAAAGGCGGAGGAAGGUGCGUCGUUGGCACGCGCGACGGCGACGUCGUCGUCUUCGACAGCGGCGGCGUGCCCCCCGGCGGCGCCGCCGCCGCGGAGGCGAUCGGCAUCAAGCCGGGGGAUCGCCGGGCGAUUAAAAUUCUGCGGCUGCACACGCGCGGCGCGGUCACCGCGCUCGGCGUCGUCGCCGCGGUCGGACCCGGCGCGGCGUCCAAUCAGACGUACCUCGUCACCGGCGGAGCGGACGGGAACGUGCGCUUCUUCGACCACCGCCUGAGGCUCGUCGCGUGGUUCGAUGGGUUGGCGACGGGACGCGUCACGUCCGUGUCCUUCACCGCCGACGGGGCUCCCGGCGGCUCGCAGCCGUCGCCGUCGAACGCGCUCGCGUACGACUCCGACUCCGACUCCGACGUCGACGGCCCGAUCGGGAAGUUAACGGCGCCGGACUUCAUCAUCGGCACGGACCAGAGCAAGGUGUUCGGGCUGCGAUCCGCCGCGUUCGAGGCGCUCGGAUCGAGAGGCGCGGUGGAGAGCGCGGAGCUCCUCGCGGAGGGGACGUUUGACCCGCUGGUCACGAUGACGCCGCACCCGCACCAACCGCGGCUGUGCUGCGUCGGCGCCGGGUCUUGGUUGUGGCUGUGGGACUACGAGAAGAGGGAGACGGUCGUGCGAAAAGACUUUGGCAUCGGCGCGCAUAAGACGAGCCCGAAGCACAGCGCUGCGGCGUACAGAGCGGACGGCGCCGGGAUUUUCGUCGGGACGCAAACCGGGACGUUGAAAGCGCUCGACCCGGACACGCUCGCGGAGGUGCAAACGAUGCGGUUCACGCCGCACCGCGUUCAAAAGAUCGUCGUGAGCGACGACCCCGGGUGCUCGUUCGCCGCCGUGUCGGACGAUGGCGGAUGCGUGUCUCUCUUCGAGCUCCUCGGUCCCGUGCGCGAGCCGCGGUCGUUGGAGGAGGAAUCCGAACGCGUCUUUGAGUUUGUCGGCAAGCACCGCGCGCACGGCAAGGACGCGCACAUCGUGGGCCUGGAGUUCCACACGCGACUAAACGGCGAGAUCGAGCUCGUGUCGUGUGGCGCGGAAGGUCGCCUCGUGCGCUUCGACGUCAAGAACAGCACCGCGGAGGGCGGCGUGAAGCUCCUCGGCGUCAGCGACGACGUCCUCGGCGGGCGCGCCGCGGGCGGGACGUCCAUCCCGACGUCCAUGCGCUUCCUACCCCACGCGCGCGACGGCGACGGCGACGCGGGAGCGCAAGACGAAGACGAAGACUCGAUGAAACAACACGUCUCCCCGCGGCUGCUCGUCGCGGACGACUCGUACAAGGUGCGGACGAUCACCCUGGACGAUUUCGUCUGCGUCAAGACGGUUCUGGGUCCCACGUACGGCGGGCCGCUGUCGCACAUGACCGCGUUCGGCGGCGACGCCGGGAACACGCACCUCGUGUACGCGCACCCCGAUAAGGUCCUGGGCGUCAGCGCGCUGCCGCUGGACGGCGACCCCGCGCGCGCGAUGGGGAUGAUCGCGCACCCGGGAAGCGUCGGCGUCGUCGUCCUCGGGCACGACGGGAAAGCCGUCUUCACGAUCGGCGGCGGGUCCGUCCCGGGCGACGCCGGGAGCGUUCUGAACGCGUGGGGCGUGAACGCGCGCGCGCUGGACGACUCGAUCGCGGUGGCGGUGGAGGCGGCGGGCGACGGCGUCGGCGCGGUCGCGGACCGCUUCGCCGCGCUCCUCGAAGGCGGCGCCGACGGGGAGUUUUACCGCGAGGCGAAGGAUUACUUUCUCUACGCGCAACUGCGCGCGCAGGGAGAGGACGCGACGCGAGACCGCGCCGCGGGGCUCGGCGGGACCGUCGCGCUGUCCGAGCUUCCGAAGCUCAUGCGCGCGCUGGGGCACUUCCCCACCGAGCACGAGCUGAGGGACAUGUACGUCGAGCUGAACGCGGAGGGGUACGACGCGUCGUCGUCCAUCUCGUUCGAUCGCUUCGUCGCGAUUUACGUCAACCACAGGAGCGUCUUCGCGGUGGAGCGAGAGGACAUCGACGCCGCGUUCGAAGCCCUCGGCGCGGACGCGGAGAUCGGGCGAGGGAUCGACAGGAAGGACCUGUACCGCACGCUGACGCACGAGGGCGAGCCGAUGACGCGAGGGGAGCUCGACGCCGCCGCGGUGGCGCUGUUCGGCGAGGGCGCGACGUUGAACGAUCUCAUCGCGAAGGAGACGGACGCGCGGUCGUUCGCGGAGGACGUGUUGGGGUUCGCGCCCGCCGCGGAGGACGUCACCGUGGGGGCGGCGGCGUGA